AUGACACUAUUUACUCGGCAGAAAACUCAUGGUAUUGUUCUUAUUCUCUUAUAUGUUGAUGAUAUGAUUAUAACUGGGGAUGAUCCUCAAGCUAUCUUUGAUCUACAAUGCUAUCUUGGCGAACACUUUGAGAUGAAGGACCUGGGUUCACUUAGUUACUUUUUUGGCCUUGAAGUGCCAAUGAGCUCUGCCAGUUAUUCGUUGUCUCAAGUAAAGUAUGCCUCGGAUCUUUUGGUGCACUCCAGUAUUACUGACUCUGCUACAACUCCAACACCACUCGAUCCCAAUGUUCACUUGACUCCGUGUGAUGGAACUCCACUUGAGGAUGCUAGUCUCUAUCGCCAGCUUGUCGGCAAUCUUAUUUAUCUGACAGUCACCCGUCCUGACAUUGCUUAUACUGUUCACAUUGUUAGUUAG